UCUGAGCCCAAACCCAAAGAUGUCUCCUACAUACUUGCUAGUAGUGUUGCUUGGCCUGGUGGUUCUCACCGCCCCCUCACUAGCUGAUUACCCUACGCAUCCCCCAUUCGAGAAGCCACCACCAGAGCAUAAGCCUCCGGUGGAGAAGCCACCUCCUGAACACAAGCCUCCUGUGGAGAAGCCACCACCAGAGCAUAAGCCUCCGGUGGAGAAGCCACCUCCUGAACACAAGCCUCCGGUGGAGAAGCCACCACCAGAGCAUAAGCCUCCGGUGGAGAAGCCACCUCCUGAACACAAGCCUCCGGUGGAGAAGCCACCACCAGAGCAUAAGCCUCCGGUGGAGAAGCCACCACCAGAGCACAAGCCUCCGGUGGAGAAGCCACCUCCUGAACACAAGCCUCCGGUGGAGAAGCCACCUCCUGAACACAAGCCUCCGGUGGAGAAGCCACCACCAGAGCAUAAGCCUCCGGUGGAGAAGCCACCACCAGAGCAUAAGCCUCCGGUAGAGAAGCCACCUCCUGAACACAAGCCUCCGGUGGAGAAGCCACCACCAUUGCAUAAGCCUCCGGUGGAGAAGCCACCACCAGAGCAUAAGCCUCCGGUGGAGAAGCCACCACCAGAGCAUAAGCCUCCGGUGGAGAAGCCACCUCCUGAACACAAGCCUCCGGUGGAGAAGCCACCUCCUGAACACAAGCCUCCGGUGGAGAAGCCACCUCCUGAACACAAGCCUCCAGUGGAGAAGCCACCUCCUGAACACAAAGAGAAGCCACUUCCGGAACACAAGCCACCAACCCCAGUUGGCAAACCACCUAAGGGAGAGAAGCCACCACAUUGUGGUCACAACCCUGGUCACCCUCCUGCUGAGAAUGCUGAAGACUCAUACAAGCCACCUCGGAAGAUUAAGCCUCCUUCAACUCCAGCAGAGAAGCAACCAGGUCCUGGAAAGAAGCUGCCAACUCCUCCGCACAAGCCACCCCACAAACCUCCCACUCCCACCCAUCCCAACUGAGUGACUUUGAUCAGUAUGAGUAGGAUGUAAAAUAAGAGCUGCUAUGUACCCGUAAUUUCCUUUCUUGUGACUCAUAUGCAGUGUUCUAUAUUUACUGACCUGUCACUUCUAUGUCCUAUUCCGGAAUUUUGACGUAAGUUGCUCAUAGUAAGUGUUUGCCCCUUGCUUAUAGCUGAUGAGCAUUGAGACAUACGUACGCUGUUAAUGCUAUUUAUGUCGAUAAUAUUUUGUGCUAUCUACAUUUAGCUUUCUUGAAUA